AAAUAUGUCAUUAAAUACCGUGGCUGCUGCACAACAAACGGAAGACCCCGUAGAAUUUAUGCUCAAAAAAACAGGUUGUAUUGAAUUACAUUAUAAAGUGCAGGAGUGUAUUGCGGAAACCGGAGAUUGGCGGCGCUGCCAAGAGGUGGUUAAGGAGUUUAAACAGUGCAUGCAAAAAUACACAGACCAACAAAUGAAAAAGUACGAACAAUCAAAGUGAAACACCAACGUUUUUA